UGUCUACACGGACAACAAUAACAAACGGAAUUUACUGCGCUUCCGUUGCCCAUGACACCGGAGCGAAGUUCUGACAGCUUAUUCUCCAAACAGUUUCUAUCCACCCCGAGCCCUCAAAUUAUCCCUUUUGAAGUUAUUUACACUCGGACGUGCCUCCUAUAACCUCCGGCUGGAGUUGCGGACAGCGUCUUGAACGGAGGAGGGCGGCUGAUUAUGGUGUAGCACGGAGCGCUAGCUCUGAGACAGCAGGCUUUGGAGCAGCAGUGCAGUGCAGCAGAGUGCAGCGUGGGGCAGACCGAGGCAGACCACAGCAGCGUAGUCAUGCUUACGUUGGCCAGUAAGCUGAAGAGGGAUGAUGGAGGAAAGGCGGGCCGUGCCUCCGGAGCCUCCGACUCCGCCCAUAGGAUCUCCAUCAGGGACCGCCUCCUUACCAAAGAAGUUGCAGAACUUGAAACCAAUCUCCCUAGUACAUGCAAAGCCAGUUUCCCAGACGAGGACAAGCUGCAUCAUUUUCAGCUGGCAGUGUCACCUGAUGAGGGUUACUACCAGAGUGGAAGGUUUCAGUUUGAAGUAGACGUCCCCGAAGCCUAUAACAUGGUGCCUCCUAAAGUGAGAUGUCUGACCAGAAUAUGGCAUCCUAACAUCACAGAGAAUGGAGAGAUCUGUUUAAGCCUAUUGCGGGAACACUCUAUUGAUGGCACAGGCUGGGCCCCAACUAGAACAUUAAAGGACGUUGUCUGGGGAUUGAACUCCUUGUUUACUGACCUGUUGAACUUCGACGACCCUUUGAACAUCGAUGCUGCAGAACAUCAUCUGAGAGACAAGGAGGAUUUUCGGAAUAAGGUUCAAGAUUACAUCAAGCACUACGCCAGAUGAUAGAAGCAUCGGCUACCUACAUUAGCCUGCACCAACCAACCAAACUGCUCUACCUUGCCUCUGCUUAUCUUGGCCAAGUCCCCCUCUCCCUCCACGUGUGUAAAUCAACAGCCGACUCUUUGACUCUUACAACUCCCUUCUCGACACCACAGCCACGCCCUGCUGUUAACCAAUUGCAAUAAAUUCCACAUUGCGGGAACGAAUAAAAAAAAAAAAAAAAAAAGAAUUAUGCAUUUAAGUAAAGACUUGCAUACAAAAGUAAAAUAUGCUUCAAUUAUCCUAAUCAAUUGAGUGUUGGACCACAAUGUCUGUUCAUUGUGACGAGAUUGCUGAAUAAGGCCGCCUCCCUGAGGUGUCCCUCUGAGCCUGUCGGAAAUGAGCCAUGGCAACGAUCGGCAAGGGAUGUGAUGAUUCACCGGCCAGUAAAAAAAAUAAAAUAAAGGAAGUGACGUUCAGCUGUUAAAAAAAAAAAAGUUCAUGAAUCAAGAGAAAGAAUAUCUGUUGCUGUUGGUCCUCUGUUCCAGUGCCUGCUAUGUUUGUGUCGCAAAAGAGAAAAUGCAUGUGAGUUCACACACAUAUAAACACACACGCACACUGUCACAUCCUGUUGUAAAAGCCAUCCCAUACAUAUACACAGGUUUCUAUACACUUGUCUAUUAUUCACACACACUGAAGUUGGAAAACCGCCAGCCCCACUAGACAGCAUGUGAAUGACCACAUUGUCCCGUUCUGUUGUCAUUCUUCUUGCAUGUGCGCACACACACACACACACACUCAUACACAACACUCAACACACAGACUUUCUGUUUUGUGUUUUCAGCUCCAGUGGGAUAAAGUACGACUUUUAAAAAAACCAAUCCAUUUUUCCGGUUUUAGAUUCACCUCUCCUCUUUGCCCUCACUCUUUUCUCUCCUCACUAUCCUUUCUUGUCUUUCCUCUACCUGUCUCUCUUGUUUUAGACACACACACAGACACACCCACAACCACAACCACAGGUACCUUUUUUCAUUGACGAUGGAGAGUUUCAUACCUACUUACAGUGCAAUCAGAAAGUACCUUACUAUGGCAGUGACACAUUUUC